AAUGAGUUUGCAUAUUGUUAUCCUCCGUGUAACGAAGUGGCAGGGUGUAGUAGAGUGAGUUUACCAAAAAAUAAAAAACAAAAACUUGUGUCGUAAAGUGAGCUGGUUGUAGAUGGCUUCCUCAGGCGGCGGCGACGGCGUGAGGCCAACAAAGAGGCCGUUAGGGUUUAUGAAGCACGCGAUGGCAAGAAAGGACAGCUUCAUUCAGUGGUUUGCGAUGACUGGGAUUCUGCUUCUGAGCAUGAGAUCUUUGGGUCAGAAAUACCGAAUCCAUAGCCUUCAGGAGGAAAACUAUACUCUUCAGGAGGAGCACGAUUUACUCGAGGAGCGCAUCAACAACAUCAAGCGUGAUCUGCUUCAUGAAGCUUCUGAAGACUCCACUGGCGCCUUUGCUUCUCGCCUUCGUCUUCUCUUCUCCGAUCACCACUGAUCGCUCUUAGGGUAUUCUCCCAAGUUCAGCAUCUGCUUCAUGGUUUGAGUUGAAUGAUAAUGGUGGUGGUAAGGGCUAGCAAAGGUUGAUCAACAUCAUGGUGCAGAGAAUUAGAACGCAUACCAUAAGUUGUUUUGUUGAUUAUGAACCUUUCUGGGGACUUUUGAAAUUUGAUACGGGAUGGAGCUAUCUAUGUGUAAUCGGUAGUAAGGCUUACAAAUGCCUGUAAGGGUAGAGCACAACUGGGCAAUUAGGACUAUGAUGAUGAUGAUUUUUGCAAUUUAUCUCCAAAGUUGGAUGUUGGACGUUGAAUUUGGACAUCUAUUUGGAAAAUAGAAAGAGAUAGAAUACUGAAACAGACAGCAUUCUCUUUUGAGUCUAAUUGUUAAAAUAAUGCAAGAAAAAAAUAAUGAUAAAUAAACUUUUGAGAAACAGUAAAGUGAAGACAUUAACCAAUCUUAGAUCCCACCAUUUCGAGUCUAAUGUAGGGAGAAAAAAUAGACCCAUAUAAUGCAUCACCCGACACUCAUAAUGAUAAAAGGGAUGCCCGGAAGUUAUAAUGAAAAAUAUUUACUUAUAGCGACGAAACACUAGCAAGUUGCACCCUGCCUGUACUUUGAUUAGCAAUUUAUUUCGAAUAAAAUAAUUCUUUUUCAUCUAUAUUUUCUGUCCCUGUCAUCUAUUAUUUUUCUUUAUCUGGAUUUUAAUUUUAAUUUUGAUCUAUAUCUUAUUUUACCUUCUAGCCCGCAAUGUUACUUUAGCAUUCUAUGAUUUGAACGGUGUUUGUGGUUUGUUUGAUUCUGUUCAGUUGUAGCUUGCUCCGUAAAAUGUAAACCACAAUUGUAGGAACUUUAUUUGGCAUACCUUAAAAGUUUGCAUCCACUCCUCACCCACAUCUGUGAACAAUUGACUUUGAGUGAUAAUGGAAACAUUUAGUGGAUCUGACUUUUGAGUGUAAAAUGGAAAAUCACAAAGUAGUUGAAUGUAUGAUAUUGUGUUGACUAUGAGCGCGAUUGCUGGCCUGUGAAUUUCUCUCGUGAAGCUAUAGGAAACCUGCAUUACCAUAUAGUUGGAAUAUGGAAAGGUAUAUUUUGUUAAAGAACAAAUGGACGACGGACAUGUUCUGACUUAUGUUGGUGGAGAAUGAGAUUGAAAGCGAGUAUCAAGAAUGCGCCAACCAAUGCAUCUUAAAAAUUGAAAAGUGAGUGGGAGAUGCUGCAAUGGCCUUCGUUAUUACUAUAAGAUAAAUUGUUGGGAGCUAGCAACUUUUUGUAUUUUUGACCAUCAUUUAGCCAACACAAAAAUUAAAUUGUCAUUUUACUAAUUCAUGUGUGCAAAUUCUGAAAAAUGUGGGUGCAAAUU